AUGAAGCUCAAACACAUCCUCUCUUCUUCUUCUCCUCCUUCCCUUCGGAACAGGAUUGACAACGUCCGGAUAAGAGUCACGGCAGGAGAAUAUGACAUCUCGACGUCCGAAACGCCACAAGCUCAGAUCCUGUACGCGGACAACGUCACUCUCUACGAUGAUUUCGAUGUCAACAAUGGAGGUGGUGUCUACAACAUGGCCGUCAUAACAAUGCCUGGCAAGGGCUUUACACUGAACAGCAGAGUGGCUCCAAUUUGCCUGGCCAAUUCUACGAUACAUACUGCUCUAGUGAUACGUAAUACCCAACUGACCUUGGCUGGUUUUGGUUGGACCGAACAUGAUUACCCAGCGAUCAACAUGACGCAAGCCAAUCUGAGAACCUGCAGCUUCUCCUGGCCUAACACCGACCUCAUCUGCAUCUUCAUAAGGUUCCAGCCAUCGACUCCAUGUCAUGGUGACGCUGGAGCGGCCAUCUUCAAGCAGUGGACGGACAGCAAGUACUACGCCGUGGGGCAAAUCAACGCCAUCACGGUAGACUCGUGCCCCCUGAGCGGCGUGGUGUUCCCGUGCCCAGGGAUCGCCUUCUAUCGCAGCUGGAUCGACGGAGUGACCGGAACGCGCUACUGCAACAACGAAUAGUGAAAGACGCCCGAGUCCUCCCUGAUGAAAGAAGCCCAAGUCCUCCCUCAGAUUACCCCGUACGUUCUGAAGCUCACUCUCCAAUGAUAACCCCGUCUCGUCCUUCAAAUACCCGAAAGGAAUACGAUAUCAGUGUUGCUUUUCGGACACCCAGUUGCUGUUGUUGCAAUGUCAUUCAUAGCUAACUAAUCAAUCAAUCUUUUAUUAAGAGAACCCAAGAAACUUAUCAGGAUUCUCUCUCCACUACUCUCCACUUGGAUCAAUUUUUGUUUGGUUGCAGUUCCUAUGGUACGUCCAGUAUUAUAAUGUCUAUGGGGAAUAAAACAUAUUUAAACUCUAUAUAUAUAAAUAUAUAAAUAUACAGUUUGAACACUAAGGUGGUGAGACUGAUUUGGUCAUUAUCAUAUAUUCCUCGUUGUUCAAGUGUCGCUGUUUUAAGGGAUAAUUAUAAACAUGACGAA